UUCAUCGAAACAUAUUCUGUUUGAGCAGACGUUGCCGAACAUAUUUGAUUUGAUUUCAUUUUAUUAAUUUUUAGCGAAAAAGAAGAACCGGCCGGAACAGAACGUUAGGGUGAUUCACCCCUUUUUGUUUGUGUACGUGUUCGUUGCCGAGUUUCCCUACGUUGUCGACUUUCUUCAGGUGGGAAAACGCACAUGUGGCUGCGUUUCGUUUGUUAAGUAUUCAUAUUGCAAGCAAAAUAUACAAUCUAUAUUUUGUAAGAAUAUUCGAAACGAAUAUUUAACGAAUAUUCUUAGUUUAUUAGGUUUGAAACGCUCUCUGGCCAUUGCAGCCCCGUUUGAAACUUUUGAAAAAGAAAGAAAAAAAAUCAACCUCUUAGUAAAGGGAACACUAUUCGUUGCUAUUUUUAGUUUUCACUGCAGUGACAAACAAUAAUUUUAAACGGGUAUAAUGACAAUUGACAAUAACUUUAUUGUAAAUUUAUAUAAUAUUAUAUAUAAUAUUAUAAUAAUAUAUAUUAUUUAUAUAUUUAUUAUAAAUAUUGAACGAAUGCAAUAAGGAUGACUCAUGGAAGAAAGAUAAUUUUAAUGCCAAUGUGACUCAAAGCAGAGAUUUUUACUCGAAAAACGUCAUUUACGCGGGCGCAAGUAUUAUAUUAUACGUCCGAGGGCGUUCCGAAAAGGUAGCAUUGAAUUUUUGCUUCUCUUUCGUGCCUUUCUUUUUUAAAAUGUUUUCUAAAAGUUUUAAAAGGAAACCAUUCUCAUGUUUUAUAGAGCUGGUAAUAACUGUCCUCCGAUGAGUUUCUCGUGGGAAAUAUACAAUGCACCGAUUAUUCGGCGAAUCGAUUUUGCAAGGGGAACUUUUACAUUUAAGCGUCUGAAGAAUGAAAAAGUCGAUCGAUAUUAUCCAACGUGCAAUGACCAUUUCACACACAGUAGUUAAAUUUAACAAAGGAUCGCCGUGUCGAGACACCGCUGCACCGCUGUCUAGGAAAUUUUGCAUUAAAAACAAAAUGACAAAACCUUUUUAGUUAACCUGCAGAAUCUCAUUAGCUUAGACGUAUGUUAAUUGCAGCAAUUGGACAAUAGCAACAAUAAUAUAAUAGGUAGACUAUACGUAGCGAGUAAGGUAAAGUAGCAAUUAUUUGUUAAUCUUUUAAUCUUGAAAAGUCUUUGUAAAAGUUUUUAAAUACCGUAACAGUUCUUUGAAAAACAUACUUUCUUCUUCAUCAUAGGCAGCAGAUUUACCUUGUGAAAAAUAAUUUCGAGUGGGAGAGGCAGAGCUUCACACAUUCAUUGUGACGAAUAAUUGUCGGAGAAUCAAGAUUCAUUCUCCUCUAGUAAGCUAGUAGUAAAGAAAAAAAAAAAAUCUUAAUUAUUUCAUAAUGCGGUACGUACUGUAGCAUAUAUUCACGUUUAAAACACAUAUCAUCCUAAAUCUUUCCCCUUAAGUGUAUUCCUUAACGUACGAGAGGGAGAAAGGAAAAAAAGAAGAAGGAUCUGUAAUUACCAGCGUGUCCAUUGCAUUUCAACCUCUCCAAUCGAAGCGACGGGGAAAAGAUAACGUGGCAUAUCAUGGAAGAAAAAGAGUUUCAGAAGUAACGUCACAAAUGAAUUUAUUAUCCUCUCUCUUACAUAUCUCGCCGGCAUAAACAUUGUAUUCCCGAGCUGCGCCAAACGACUGCGUCCUAGUCGGCCAAUUGCGAAGGGUUUCCCUAAUAAGAACUUUUCUAGAAGUGGGAAUACGAGCGUAUGUGUAAGAUUACUUGGUUUCUGGCUUCACUUUUCGCGCGACGACUGUCUCGACGUCCAUACACUUUGCGACAUGUGCCAGCCGGAGUAGUUCGGUUUCACUCUCGACCAAAAAGAAAAAAAAAAAAAAAGAACAUUCAACGACUGUUUUUUCUUUAAUUUUCGAAAUUCUCCACAUUUCGCACGAAAUUCUCGAUUUCGAUUUCCAAUGAUUUUCAAUCGUUUGCUCGUUUAUUUUCAGUUUCUCCAAAGAGGAUAUCAUUGCACGUGCACUCAAACACACGCAACAUCAUCGCUGCUUCUCUUCGUUUAGUUUUUCACGGAAUUCCGGGCAAAAGAAUUGACGAAAGAGUUUCUUUUCUUUUUUUUUUUUUUGUACUUAUCGAGACUUCGGGAGAUAUAUAAGACUACGCGAGACUACUCUUCACAUUAUGCUCGGUUUUUUAUUUCUCGUUUCUUGAAUUUGAAUAUUUCUUUUUUCAAAUACGGCGAAUUAUGUCACGUACAGUCUUCUUUUUUUGUUUUUAAAUAGUAAUUUUAUUGAACGUGAACGAAGACAGUGGAAGACACUUUGUGACCCGCAAAUGGCAUCGUUUCUUAUUGUGACAAUGUUGGUGCGUGCGUGUUUAUAAAAAAGAUAUCUGCAUAUCGAUAAAAGGGAAAUAUAUAUGAUAUUUAACAAUUGCUUAACGCUGCCUAAUCAUGAUUGAUCGUACAAGAACUUGACGAAGUGAAAGACCGAGUAAAAUAUCACCACGUGCUCAGUUUUUACGAAGAAUUAAGCAUGUGCUGAAAAUGUAAUACUAUUAUAUUACAUUGAAACAACGACAUUUUAAUAUGUAUAAUAAAGCGAUUUUGCUCCGAACGUGCCAAAGGGAAAACUAAUUCGUCUCGCGUAAAGACAGAAGAGUAUCUUCGUGCCUUUUAAAAAUUAUUUUUAUAUUUUUCUUUCUUUUCACAAAGAUCUAUAUUUUACGCUCGAUAAUAUUUCCAAGAGUGCUUCGCAUUUUCUCUUUAGAAAUUACCCUCGCAGAAAUAUACUUUUCACGAAGUGAAAUCGAAUUCGCUCGAAUCUGUUUUGUGUUUUGUGUCUGUAUAAGGGUACGAAGAAAAAAAAUGCGUAAUUUCUAUAUUUAAUUCGAAUAUAUACAGAACAAUUUGGCACAGAAAUGACGCACAGAAACAUGAGAACUUCGUGACAUUUGACAGAAGGGAAAUCGAAAUAUAAUACCUUAUACAUUUCGCUAAUAUUACUCGAUAAAAGUUUCACGAUGCAUCCUGAGUCGUGCACCAGACGUAAGAAAGUGGAUGCGAUUCACAUGAAAUAUAAAUCGCGCUAGCUUCGGUAAAAAAAAAAGAACUUUCAUUUCGAACAUUUUUAUCGUUUCUGUCGCGGUUCAAGUUCAACGUCUUGUAACUUCCGAACGUACUAUGUUUUAAGAAUAUGUUUUAAGAAUAUAUUCAUGAUCGAAGAACCAAGCGCGAAAUAUCUUUGAAAAAAAAAAAAAAAAGAAAAAAAAAGCAGCUGCCAAUUUUAAUCUUUCAUCGACACGAAUCGAUAAAAGCGCGAAGAACCUACUUCGCUUCUCGCGCUAUCUCCGAACAAAAUCAUUACAUACUACCUCCUACGACUUACGUCAGAAAAGAGAGAGAGAGAGAGAGAGAAAGAGAUAGAGAGAGAAAAAAAAUGAAAGAACUUGGUAAUUGCAAAUCGAAUGAUUCGCGGAAAAAACCGAGAGGAAAAUCGAAGAAGCAGAAGCCGACGUUUAAAUUAUUCACGAAGGCUAGCUGGCCGAAGGUAAUGAUAUCUCGCGACAGUAUUAUUUACAAGAAGAUCAAAGAUUCUUCUGGCGAUCCAAGCUUGUCGUUUCUUCACGAAUCCUCGAGCAAGCUGCACGACAAGGAAGAGAAAGAUGGCUGCCGCGUGCAACAUUUGUAUUGCGAGGGGAAUGCGGCGAGUUUCGAGGAGGAGCAGAAUGUAUGUUUGAUAAGCAGCUCCGACGAGGUUCGAGAAAGUCGGAAAUCGUACGAAGAACGUUUGAGAGGGAACGAGGAGGAGGUCUCGAAGAAGAAGAAGAAGAUCGACGAGGAUAAUUUCGAAUGCACUCCGGGUGUGGAGGAAGAGGAGAGCGUGAUCUCCGCCACGCGCGAUCAACAGAAGCCUAUUUUCGUUGACUUGACAGCCGAUGAGAAAAACACGUGGAAACAAACGAUAUUGAAACGAUUCUGUGACGUAAAGACGGACACGGUUAACGAAGCGGAAGGGGAGAAUCGCGCUACGAAUAUUGUAUUAGAACCUCGAAUCGUAAUAGCUGAUAAUCCGAGCAAAUUAAGUUGCAAUGGAAACGGCAGUUUAGCAACCGCCUUGCGAGAUCGUGGACCGUGUUUGAUCCCGGUGCAACCGAAUCGUUCGUUACCUAUACUCCCGGCACCAUCAAUACCGACGAGAUUCUUUCGAAAAGAUUCGUCAGCCGUUCUGGUCCAACCGGCCAGAACCACUGCGGACGUAGAAUCAAUGAAAUCGAUCGGCGCGUUGCCGAACGAGGAGUUGAUCGAAAAGGACGUUGAUCCCGAGGCGCGGAUGUCGUCGACGAAGGACGCGAUGAAUUACGUCGUCCCGCAAAUCUCGAACGUCGAGAGCCUCAGCGCGAUAAAGAGGAGGGGCAACAACGACGCGGAACAGAGCGAGAAGAACAACGCGAAAGAGAACAGGAAGAAGAAGAAAUCGCAGCAGGAAGCAAAUGGCAGCCAGAGCAAAGGGAAAUGCGCGGAGGGCUCGAUCAAGGAGUUCCUGACAAACUUCUGUGGCUCGAACGCGACCGAGGGCAUACAGAACCUUUGCACGGAGAAGUGCGUGAGAGCUGCCUCGACGACGAAAGAGGACGAGAGAAGCGGGAACAAGUUGGUACCACCGCUGAAACUGAAGAAGGUCCUCCAUACGGAAACAGAGGGGUACAACGACUCUCAAAUCGUCACGAGAGUGGAACACGAGUCGAACUACAGGAUCAUCACGGACGGAACGUCUCAGUCGCCGUUCAGUCUGAGUGCCGGCAACUGGGACGACAUACUGUACGAAAAGGACGCGGACUUCACCGCGUUGAACACCGACAGCUUCAAGCUGAAGUAUCGGCGAAACCGAUUGAAGCAAAAGCUUCGCGAAUUACGGGGCAAAGCUAUGGAUCUAGCCAAAGAAAUGGCGAGCGACUUGAACUCUCAGGAGAGUACCAGACUGAGGCAAGUGAUGAACCGUUACGAAAAGCAAAUAGAGAACCUGUCGAAAUUACAUAACAAAUUGUCCGCAGCCCUCUCGAUCUCUAAAGAAGCGAUCGAUGUAAAUAACGAUAGCACGAACCCCUCUGAUAACAACUAUCCGCGCGUAAGCUUAAACAAAAGGAAAACAGAUUUCCAAACGAAUGACAGUUCUCCGGUGUCGUCACCCGAGCCGCCUAAAUUGUCGCCACGAUCGUCUCUAGAUAUCAUUCUGCCGGAGGAGGUUCGAAACAGCCCGCCAAUUUUACCACUAUGCCUGACGAUCUCGUCGAGUCAGGACUCGGUGGAAGAGGAGUUGCAAGCCGCCGAGAGGAAAGUUUGGCCGGUGAACGAAGAACUGAUGAAACCGACGUUCCCUACGGAUCCGCUUGCUGGGAAUUUGACCGAUUCUGUGAACAAAGGACCUCCAGAUAUCGAGAAACACGCACGCGCCACGCCUGUGCUUCAUGUCGACGUGGAAAGUUCCGACUUCGGUGCGAACAAGAGAGAUUUCAAUUACUCGAACAAGAUUGCUCAAUUGCCAGAGAACAACGUGCGCGCGGCACGGGAGAAGAGCAAUGAGAAGAGCAAACCGAUCGACGAGUUCCCUCGCAGUCAGCGUCAAUUUAUGAUCCAAGAACCGGAUAAGAUCAAGCGUCCUGGAUUUGCCGAUGCCGAGUCGGUAAUAAGUUCCGCGACUGAUGGCGUGGAGGUGUCAACGACUAUUCAAAAGAACGAAACGUUCGAGUCGAUACCUGGCAAGCAGCUUCCUCCGUUGAGAGAGCAGACGGUGCAAUCUAACUUUUACAGAUCCAAUCAGGAGGAGAUGUCGUUCGCGAAAGCAGCUCACGAGAACAGCAUGAACGCGCAGAAGGUUUCGUCAAGUUCCGGUCAAUCAAACCAAUUUAAUCCUCUACGAACGAUGUUGAAUCAGGAACAAUUCACAUUGCGGCAGAACUAUAAAGGAGAAGAAAUUUCGAGCGAUUCUGUGCAGAGGAACAGUGGGAAUCAUUCUAUAACCGAACAAUUUCCUACACUUGGCAACUGGUUGGCUCGAAUGUCGAAAAAGCAAUCCUCGAUGGCCAAGCCCAAAUUACACGUCGCAGAAAACGUGCCGCUGGUACCGACAGAAAAUGUCACACGUCAAAUUCCUGGAACUGAGAAACCAAAGAUUAUUGGAUCUAAUAUCAAUCAUAUAAUGAAUGCAACACCCCAACGUGGUACAGAGAAAUGGCAAUAUCAUCAUCAGCAACAGCAACUGCAACACGUCGCGUCAUCCGUGACUCUUUCGCAACCUGUUGCAGCAGUUCCUCCUUUGCGACCGGGCAUUUGUCCACCACUUCCCAUGACACAAUUUUAUCCAAAUAAUUACGCUAUUGAUCCUUACAACGGUGCUGCCUUAAAUUAUCAUCCAGCAAUUUACCCUUACGGUCCUUAUCCGUAUCACCCACGGUUACAUACCGGUUCCUUGCCACUUCAUUUUCCCACGCAAGAAAGCCUACGAUCCAUGCAACAUACAGAUAAACGUUUUCCUUUACUACAAGAUCCAAUUGUGAGGUAUCCCUCGCCGUCGACGAGCACUCUGCAGCAUCCGAGUAAUUUGGAGUUUGAUCGUCUUCGUGGAAACACUACCAACAACAACAUUGCAGGUGCAACAACCUGUUUACCGUCGUUGUUCCUAUCACCGCCGUCUUUAUCUACUUCACAUCAGGCUCUGCCUCGUAAUCCUUUAAUUAGCUAUCCAACAAAUAAUCAGUUCUCUCAGAACAGAAUGAUACCGGAUGUUGUUGCUGCAGCAGCAGCCGCUGCUGUUGUCGCUGCUGCUUCCUUUGAUCGGCAACGAGAUACGCUGACUUACAACAGGUCGGAAACGGAAGCCUUAUCGUCCGCAAGUAUUCCAAACGUUAUUGAUAGAGAACCAUCUCACGUACCGGGCGCUACGAAAUCAAUUAUUAAUCGUAACGUAACCAAUCAAACACAAGACAAUAAUUUCAAUGAGGAAAGCCACGAGAACACCAAGUAUCAACAAAUGCAAAAUUUUUUAUUCGAUCGACUGGCACUUGUGAAAACUACGGAUAAUUUUGUGCCGACAAAUUCAGUUAUUGGCAAUGAUGGGCGAUCGAUGACGUCUAUUGUUUCAGCGGCGCAAUAUCGAAUGCCAGUAAUUUCUUCGUACGCACAAUUAUCGAAAAACGUACCAGUAACGGAAAUUAGAAAUUGCGAGACGCCCCAUCUAGGUAAAGUGAAUCGCAGUCCGAACAGCUUGCAUAAUUUCACAUGCUCAAAUUGUGGUAUUAUAGGACCAAAAUUUAAAUGUUUAGGAUGUGAAAUGGCUUUUUAUUGUGAUGAACGGUGCCAAGAGAAACAUUGGGAUAUUCACGUACAAAGAUGUCCAAAGAAAAUGCCAAAAUUAAAAAAGGUCAUUUAAAAUUAAUCAUUCUAAGAGUAUCAUGAAAUUCAAAACAUCGCUUUGAUGCACAAAAUAUAUUUUAUGUGGAUUAUAAAUAAUUAAUAUAAAAGAUAUUUUUGUAUAAUCUUUUCAUACAAAAGUCAACCCAGUUUUGAAAUAUAAUAUUACAUAAUAACAUAGUAAUAUAAAAGUAAUAUAGUAAUAACAGUAAUAACAAGAAAAAUGUUCAACAUUUUAUAAUAUAACUUUUUAUGCAAUAAGACUGGUAUGUUACUUCAUAUCAUACACACAAUAUGAUAAAGCACUACUACAUUUACAUAUGUGCCUAAUAUAUAUUUAAUAAAAAAAAUAUGCCUU